UAGUAACGUGCGGGAACGUGCAGCCGAGAAGAGGCGGUGUUGAUGAUGGUAGGAGGAGAAUCUGUUUCCUUCGUCUUCCGCGUUUUCCCGGAUUUCAACCACUGUCCUAAUUCCGUCGCGUGCCUCUCCUUGCACGUUAUCACGUUCAGCCCACCCUCCCCGUUGUUGUACACCAAAAAAAAAUUAUAGUCAUCGCCGCCCCCCUCCGCCUUCACGUCCCCUCAGUCCCCCCCUUUGCAAAUAUCUACUACCGCCUUCCUUCUCCACAUGCAGCAUCGGAGUCCUGGGCCCCGGCGUACCGGCUCCAGCCAUGUCGGCGAGGAAUGCAGCGGCUGGCGGCGGUGACGGAGCGACGGGGGACAAGACGGGAGAUGCUUUAGAGGAAGGGCCCCAGGGUCUCUCUGUCUCUCUGUCUGGUUUGAUGACCCCCACCUCAGCCGCUGGCAUGGCCUCAGGCAUGGAGCUGCCCAGGAAGAGGAAGGGCAGCAUGGACAACUCGGAGACAAAAUCUGCAUUGAAUCUAGAUGAGGAUAUGGAGGACGAUCAGGGCAGAUCAGAAGAUGACCAGCACCUAAAAAUUAAAUGUAUCAGGGAACCUCACAGUCAAAUUGAAAAACGGCGACGAGAUAAGAUGAAUAACCUGAUUGACGAGUUGGCAGCGAUGAUUCCCACGUGUAACCCUAUGUCCCGCAAGCUCGACAAACUCACUGUGUUACGAAUGGCUGUUCAACACCUCAAAUCUCUUAAAGCCUCCUUUUCAGGGGCGACCAGCUCCUUUGCAGAAGCAAAUUACAAACCUGCAUUCCUUCCAGAUGAUGAGCUUAAACACCUUGUUCUAAAGGCUGCAGACGGAUUUCUCUUUGUGGUUGGCUGUGACCGUGGAAAAAUAGUAUUCGUCUCUGAGUCGGUUUCUAAAAUCCUUAACUACAGUCGGACGGAGUUGAUCGGACAGAGCCUGUUUGAUUACGUUCACCCCAAGGAUAUUGGUAAAGUGAAGGAACAGCUGUCUGCAUCUGAGCUCUACCCACGGGAGCGCCUCAUAGAUGCCAAAACGGGGUUGCAGGUCCAGGCUGAGCUUCCUGUCGGAGUUGCUCGGCUCUGCUCUGGGGCCCGACGCUCCUUCUUUUGUCGUAUGAAGUACAACAAAGUUACCGUCAAAGAAGAGAAGGGCUUUCAGGCCGCUGCCUCAAAAAAGAAAGAGUCGCAGCGGUACUGCACUGUUCACUGCACGGGUUACAUGCGCACCUGGCCCACGCGGCAGCUGGGCACAGAGGGAGAGGCAGAGGCAGACAAAGACAGCUCCCAUUUUAGCUGCUUGGUAGCGGUCGGUCGCGUGCAUCCCCACACCCUUCCCCAAGCCAAUGGUGAGAUCAAAGUCAAGCCAACCGAAUUUGUCACCCGCUAUGCCAUGGAUGGCAAAUUCACCUUUGUGGAUCAACGAGCCACCACCAUUCUGGGUUACUUGCCCCAGGAGCUGCUAGGCACAUCAUGCUAUGAAUACUUCCAUCAGGACGACCUGCCACAUUUGGCAGAUAGACAUAGAAAAGAAAGUCAUAUGGGUUUGGAACGACUCGAGGUGCUGAGGAGUAAAGAGAAGAUCGAGACAAAUUGCUAUAAGUUCAAAACGAAAUAUGGCUCUUUUGUCACCUUACAAAGUCAGUGGUUUAGUUUUAUAAAUCCCUGGACCAAAGAAGUAGAAUACAUAGUGUCAACCAAUACGGUUAUAUCCGGUAAAAGUAAUCCAGGUGGAUCAGGGGAUAAGGCGGAGCAACCUAGCAGUUCUAAGGCCUCAGAAGAUGAUGCCAAGAAGUCCCAGCAGGUUCCAAUCAUCCCGGGCAUCUCCAGUGCCUCAGGCACCAUGAUUUACGCUGGCAGCAUAGGGACCCAAAUCGCUAAUGAGAUAAUGGACUACAAUAGGAUGAACUCCUCACCAUCCAGUGGCAACACAAGUCCAUUCAGUUUACCACAGGACAAGUCUCCACUGGCGCAGACCAGCAGCAAUGUGCCAAAUGGGGAAGCAACAGACAUGGAGAUACCUGGAAAGUCGGGCUCAGAAGAGGAAGCACGGGGUGGGGCCUUAACAGCAGGCGAACAUCUGAUGGAAGCAAGUUCUCAAUUGGAUCUGGAGGGCGUUCCAGGGUUAAGCGCUCUGAGCACUGAUGAGGCAGCCAUGGCAGUCAUUAUGAGCUUGCUAGAGACUGAUGCCAACCUCGGUGAGGCUGUGGACUUUGAUGAGAUGCACUGGUCUCUCUGAUCACACGGCUCCAAAUCUCCUUUUCUUUACAUUUUAAAAAGAUCCCUUUUCAUCUGGAGAUUAAAAAAUAUCCGUUAACUUUCACUGGGCAGCAAGCCUUUGACAGUUCUAUGUUUUUAAUUUAUUAGGAUUUUUUAAUAAGUUGGAUAAGCUGCAUGGCAGAUCAUUUAGUGGCUAACCUUUGGAGAUCAAAAGGUAAAGGAGAUCAGGAGACAUGAACAGAAAUUUACCUUAAGCUGAAUACCUUAAGCAACAUGACCAUUUUUUUGGUCUGAUGUGCAGUUUCUUCAUCUAAGCUCUGGGGUCACUGCUCCCUUGGCGCGGAUUGGACGGAGCGAGAUUCUUGGACCGUUUAAAAAAAAGGCAAGAACCAUCCAGUCAAUCAACACUUGAACUAUGUAUGGAUGCUUUGCGGCAAUGCUGGACUGAAUUUUUUAUUAAAUAACUUAAUGGGAUUUCUUUGAUAGGGGAAUCCUGGUUUUAAAGCAUAACACAUUUUGAAUUCAAUGUGUUAAAAUGAACAACAAUGAAAAAUGUGGGGUGGGGUUUGGGGGCGUGGUCAAUAUUGUUGAGCGCUUGUCAAACAGAAGUACUUGAAAGUCGGAAAAUUAAGGAUCACCGUUAGGCCUGACAGUUUUUCUCUCUCUGGUCUACAACCUGUGUGUGAAUCUGUGCUUUUCCCUUAGAUUGCCCUGCUGCUUUUAAAUGGUGUGAUAAAGUCGUGUCAAUCUGCUGUUCGAAGGAAUGUUUGGAAGAGAGAAGGUCAUAGAAAGUAUCUAUGAAUAAGGGCAGGGUAUCUCAGGGAACUAUACUUUGUGGAAUUAAAACCCUUCUUGAAAUCAAUUAUUAAAUAUUAAGCCAAGAACCAAUUUUUUUGACACUUAAGCUAGGAGUAUAGUCCCGUUUUUACGCAUAUGCAAGGGUCUGCGACGCGUACAGUACUGCACAUACUUUAAAAAUAAGUCAUGCAUGCAUAAAAAGGAGAAUUUAGUAUGUAGCAGUGGCGGCCGGUGACUUCUUUUUUCGAGGACGCUUGAUGCCAACAUGUAUGUAGGCCGUCAUGUGUGUGGUUCGUAAUUUCAAAAUAUGUGUUCUGCGCAUUGAGUGAACCUAUGUGCAUCACGUGUCUUGUUAAAAUAAGUGCCUGCUGCUGACGCGUCUAAAGGGUUUAUGAUAAAAGAGACGCUCGCGUUUGCUAGAUACUCGCAUAAUCUCAUGCAUAAUCAUAGUAUACUGUGUGUCUUGGGUGUAUUUUGUGAACGUGAGUGUCUAUUUUAUCAUAAACGGUUUUGACACGUGUGCAGCAGGCACUUAUUUUGACAAAACACGUGAUGCACAUGGUUCACAUGACGCAACAAACACAUAUUUUGAAAACACGAGCAACACACAUGACACUUUGAACACAUAUUUUGAAUUUGCGCUCCUCGGAUGAGCAGUCACGAGGCGCCGCUGAUAUGUAGACAGAAAUCAAACUUUUGUGUACACGUACAUUACGAGUCAAAUAAGCUAUACUUUGCAAAUCUGUGCGCGUACGUUCAUGCACACGUAAAAAAGCAGACUAUACUCCGGGAUUUAUAGCUCUGAUAGUGUAAAGGUGGUGUUUAUGACUUGAUCAGGGGUCAAUUCAUUCAUGGGUUUGUGUUUAGUGAGUGUUGUCCAUAUUUUGAAAUUAUGUCUCGUAUUUCUAUUUUAUAUUUGGGAAUUACUAAUUUUGGGAAUAGCUCAACUGACCUUUAAAAUACUAACAUGAGCACCUUUGUUUAAAUAUGAGUGAUAGGGAAGCAAAAAAAAUUGUGGUGUUUUUUUAGAGGUAAUCAUAGUAUUUUUUUGUUUAUUUGUUUUGUGUUUCACGGAAGAACAGGCUCAUUUUUACACAACAACAGCACGGAAAGUCAGGACUUACAGUUAAAGCAGUCUGUACAACUUGUGUGCUAUAUUCCAAUUCUUGAAAAUCCCUCCCCUGUAGCUCUCGAAAUCUAGUCGGACAUUUGUGUUAACAUUUUGUACUUGCUACCAUUUUGAUGUCCUCUUUGGAGUUUCAUAGCUUUUGGAUGAUCCAUGAUUUUGCUGUAGUGAGGAUUAACAUUAUAUCCAACAUUUAGGUUUUACAAAAGAAAUUUUCAUUUUUGUACUGACCACAGAAGACCUUAAAACUUCUUUCAAAAUCUUUAAA